CAAGGUGUAACUCGGAGUAAAAAUUUCAUAGUGCAGUUUCAUUUAAUUGUUUUGUGUAUUUGCGUUGGUGUCACCACUUCAGUGGGGAUACAGUACGAGGCAUCUCACGUCGUCACAACUUUAACAAACGACGUGAGGCGUCGCAUGAUUGCGUCUGUGAAUUCUUGGAUGGACUCUGCUUUUGUCAGAAAAGUUUGAAGACCAACAGGAAUAUAACAUAACUGCACCAUGCUGACAUCUGUGAACGGAGACUGCAUCGUGCCAGAAGUUCUGGCGGGCAAAGGGAAAUCUAACGACGUCUUCCAGAACCAAGUGAUACCACCUCGGUUCGGCCAGCGAGAACCUGAAGAAUUAGAAGAACUCGCGUUGAAACAAAAAUCACUCGAUAAUCAGAAGUACCAAGAAUCACUCAGAAGAUCUUUGGAGGAACCGGAAGAAUUCUGGAAGGAAGUCGGUCAGUGUGUAACGUGGACCAAGCCUUGGGACGAAGUUUUAGACAACACAAAACAACCUUUCACGAAAUGGUUUGUGGGAGGAGAACUGAAUGCUUGCUACAAUGCUGUGGACCGUCAUGUACUGGCUGGAGAUGGUGAGAAGGUUGCACUUAUCCAUGAUAGCCCUGUUACUAAGAGCAUCAGACACAUCACAUAUCAGGAAUUACAAGAUAAACAGGUUUCACGACUGGCUGGAGCACUGGCCAAGAUGGGUGUCUCCCGUGGAGACAGAGUCAUUGUCUACAUGCCCAUGAUACCUGAGGCCAUUAUAGCCAUGUUGGCAACUGUCAGACUUGGAGCUGUACAUUCUGUGGUGUUUGGUGGUUUUGCAGCACGGGAGCUGCGGGUACGCAUCGAACAUGCAGAACCUAAAGUUAUUAUUGUAGCAAGCGCUGGUUGUGAGCCCAACAGAAUUGUAAGAUACAAAGACAUUGUGAAUGAAGCGAUUGCUACCUCCUCUGUAAAACCACUCCACUGCAUACUCUACCAGAGAUAUAAUGUAGCAUUUGCAGAACUGGAUCCAGAAUAUGAUACGCUGUGGGAAGAUGCUUUAGCCAUGAGUGAACCACAUUCUUGUGUUCCAGUUGAAGCCAAUGAUCCUUUGUACAUCCUCUAUACUUCAGGAACAACAGAUUCCCCAAAGGGCAUACAGCGGCCUGUGGGGGGUCACAUUGCCACACUGGCAUGGACAAUGCAAACUAUUUAUGGAAUGGGGAAGAAUGAUGUAUGGUGGACAGCAUCAGAUAUGGGCUGGGUGGUAGGACAUUCAUAUAUAUGCUAUGGUCCACUUGUGUAUGGUAUGACAUCUGUCAUGUAUGAAGGAAAGCCGGACCGUACACCUGACCCAGGAGCCUAUUUCAGGGUAAUCCAUGAACAUGGAGUAAACGGAAUGUUGACUGCACCAACAGCAUUACGUGUUAUCAAGAGAGCAGAUCCAGAAGUGAAAUUUGGCACCAAAUACUCCACAAAAUCGCUCAGAACACUGUUUGCUGCUGGAGAACACUGUGAUUAUGACACUUUAACAUGGGCAAGAAGGAUAUUUGAUGUUCCAGUUCUAAACCACUGGUGGCAGACUGAAACAGGACAUUCCAUCACGGCAUCGUGCAUUGGCUUUGGUCACUCUGUGAACCCUCCUAGAUAUUCUGCAGGCUUGCCCUUCAUAGGAUAUAAUGUUCAUGUCCUACGCCCAGAUGGUACUGAAGCAGAUUGCAAUGAGUUGGGACGCAUUGUGUGUAAACUCCCUCUACCUCCUGGCACAAUGUCUACCCUCUAUAAAGCUCCUGGAAGAUUUUUACAAGUUUAUUUUUCCAAAUAUCAUGUGAGUCAUGAUCUAUUUCUUAAUAGGAAUGGCUUCUAUGACACAAUGGAUGCUGGGUUUAUUGAUGAAAAUGGCUACGUGUAUGUGAUGGCACGUGAUGAUGAUGUAAUCAAUGUGGCUGGCCAUCGUCUGUCCACUGCUGCACUAGAAGACGUUGUGCUAAGUCAUCCAGAUAUAGGAGAUGCAGCUGUAAUAGGAGUUCCAGAGCCCACAAAGGGAGAAAUACCAUUAUGUCUUUUUAUUGUAAAGCAAGAUACAAGAAAAGCAGAGCCCGAGAUCAUCCGAGAGCUCAUAAAAAUGGUAAGGGAGUUGAUAGGCCCCAUUGCAGCUUUCCAUGUGGCUGCAGCUGUCAGAGGAUUACCACGCACCCGUUCAGGAAAGACUGCACGGAAGUCCAUUGCUGAUCUUGCAAGGAAUAAGUUUGUAAAGAUCUCAGGAACAAUUGAGGAUCCCACAGUAUACAAAGAAAUCAAAGCAGUCCUCCAGAAACUAGGCUAUGCUAAAACAGCACCAGAUCCGCAGUGAUGUUGGGUUGGAUGCUGGAACUAAAACUUGCUACACAUGCAAACUUCUAUUUAGCCCUGGAACAGUCAAUAUUAAAGUGGCUACUUGAAUGAAGUAUUAAGCAAGUACUUUCCAUCAGGGGCUUCUUGUAGUUCAGCUGUGUGAAGUAAAAUGAAAGGGAGGGAGAUGGUGUUUCUUCACUGCCCAAGUUGAAAACGUGUAAUAUUUACAACACUGUCACUUCUAUAGUGAAGAGAUCCAUAACAGAAAGUGUGCAGUCAGAGUACACUUCUUGCUUUCUGUACAUUACUUUAAUCUCUGUUUAUUGUAAUCUGUAUAUUAGAAUUGUUUGUCUGUUGUUAAAAUAAAUACAUGAGCUAUGUAAACAUUCUCUUGGUUACUGGAA